AUGAAUUCAAAGUUAGUAUCAGUUUUAUUGGCAUACUGCCUAUUCUACUAUUUGAGCGGGGCUGAAGGUUCGUUUAUAAAACCUAAUAAUGUGCCAAGGGUUGGUAGAAGUAACGAAGAAAUGAACCCGUUUGACCAAGGAUCUAUGGGUUACGUUAUCAAAACGAAUAAGAAUAUACCACGCAUGGGCAGAAGGAAUUUCGACUCGGAAAACCGCUAUGACAUACCUAAGUUUUAUCAGCUUCCUUCAGAAAAGUUUGAUGUUUAUGAAGGUAAGCAAUAA